AUGACGAGCUCAACUCCGACCGCGCCCUCCCCCUCACCUGCAGCAGCAGCUGCUGCUACUCCCACCACGUCCACCCCCUCCACCGCACCCACCUCCUCGAAACCCACGAAGCAGCAACCGUCCUCCCAAUCACAAAAGCCCUCCAAGUCGGCCACCAAAUCCAAAGAUGCCGCCACCGCUGCCACCAGCGCUACGGCUGCCCCCGCCGACAGCGCAACCGCCCAACUGACCCCCGCCGAACUGAAAAAGCGAGCCAAGGCCGAAAAGGCCGCGCGCCGGGCCCGCGAACGCGCUGAACGCGAGUCCUCUGGCCCCGCGGGGGGAGCUCCCUCUGGUGGUGCCGCCACGCCCGGUAAGAAGGAUGGUAGCGGCGGCGGCGGCGGCGGCGGAUCGGCUGCUGGUGCUUCUGGAUCGAAACAGGUGCCUCGUCGGGGAUCCGCGCAGAAUGCCUCGCAGAAUGGUGGGGGAGGUAGUAAGGCUGAUGAUAAGAAUGUGGCGGUGUUUGGACAUCUUUACGGGCAGCAGAGACGGACGACGGUGGCCGGGGCGGGCAAGGAGGUGCAUCCGGCUGUGUUGGCGCUGGGGUUGCAGAUGAGGGAUUAUGUGGUUUGUGGGAGUAGUGCGCGGUGUGUGGCUACUUUGUUGGCUUUUAAGAGGGUCAUUGAAGCGUACACUACGCCCAUGGGAACCUCCCUUCCUCGUCACUUGACGACCUACCUCUCCCACCAGAUCACCUACCUGUCGACCUGUCGGCCCCUGUCGAUCAGCCAGGGUAAUGCGAUCCGCGCCCUCAAGCUGGCCAUCUCGUCCAUCGACCCCUCGACGCCCGAGGCGGAGGCCAAGGCGUUCCUGGGCGAGUUCAUCGACAGCUUCAUCCGCGAGAAGAUCACUGUGGCGGACCAGGUCAUUGCCAGCAGCGCCGCGCAGAAGAUCCAGGACGGGGACGUGAUCGUGACGUUCGCGGGCAGCUCGAUCGUCAAGCAGACGCUGCUGCUGGCGCACAAGCAGGGCAAGAAGUUCCGGGUCUCGAUCAUCGACUCGCGGCCGCUGUUCGAGGGCAAGAGCCUGGCGCGCACGCUGGCCAACGCCGGGCUGGACGUGCAGUACUCGCUCGUGCACGGCAUCAGCCACGCCAUCAAGGCGGCCAGCAAGGUCUUCCUGGGCGCGCACGCCAUGACCAGCAACGGCCGGCUGUACUCGCGCGUCGGCACCGCGCUGGUCGCCAUGAGCGCCAAGGAGCGCGCCGGCGGCGUCGAGGUGCCCGUCAUCGUCUGCUGCGAGACGGUCAAAUUCACCGACCGCGUCGCGCUCGACAGUAUCGUCGUCAACGAGAUCGCCGACGCGGAUGAGCUGAUCACCGCCGAGCCCAUGCAGCAGCUGACCGGCCUGCCGGAUCCGGCGGCGGUGACGGUCUCCGCGGCGGACGCGAAGAAGGGCGGCGGCGGCGGUGGUGGGAAGUCGGCGGCGGCGGCGGCAGCGGCGGCGGCCAAUGCGGCGGCCGAGUCGAACACGCUGGCGCAGAAUGUCUCUUCGCCAUUGACGGGGUGGAAGGAGUCGGCCAACCUGCAGCUGCUCAACAUCAUGUACGACGUCACGCCAGCCGAGUAUGUGGAUAUGGUGGUCACCGAGAUGGGCAGCUUGCCUCCGAGUGCGGUACCGAUUGUGCAUCGCAUGAGCACGAAUUUGUGAUUGGGGGCGUGGGAUGCUAGUAUGUAUUAUGAUUAGAGAAUUGCUUAGAUUGUUUGGUAGGGGCUUGUGGUCGUGAGAGUAGUAGUAGAAGUUGCUCCUCUAGUGUAGUCCCGUUG